AAAUUUGAUUGGACAAUAAGAACGACUGAUCAUACAUUGUCCAAUCAAAUGUAAUUUAACAGAAAACCUUGUCCUACACAUUGAAUCUAUGUAUUGGUAUUGAUUAUCAUGGACAACUUAUAUUUUGCCAGGAAAAAAUACAGAUAUUACAGUAUUAUUUAUAUGUUGAUGUUGAUACAGACAGUUUAUUCAGAAAAUUUGCAAAAUGACCAAACAGAUGUUAAACCAGAAAUUCUACAAAAUAACGAGGAAAGUGGAAGCAUAUUAACAGUUGAUGUUGGACAGGGGGUUGAUAAGAAUCACAUCGAUACAGAAGGAGGUAAUCCUGAUCUUUCUCAAAAUGAGGAUAUUACACAGAAAAAUGAAGAUACCAGCGAAGAAUUAAAGGAAAAGGAAUCUGGAAGUUCUUUUUCAUUUGGGAAUAUAUUGAAAAGUUUUGUAGAUCCAAUAUUUGAGGAAUCUGAAAAAAAACAUAACUUGGAUCCAGAGAAAGAAAAUGUGACAGCCGUUAAAAAUGAAAGCGUAGUACAAAAUGAAACAAGUAUUGGCAUUUUAGAAAUCCCAUUGAUAGACAGAGACUUGAAUCGAACUGAGAAAAAGACAAAAUUUCAAUGCAUCAGUAGAAAUAUGACACUUGAAAAUAUCACAUCAGAAGUUCAAAUUAUAAAUAACACAAGACUUUUGCAGAUUUUAAAUUUUGAACAGAAUGACACAUUGUCAGACUGUGUUUUGGUUAUGUUUUAUGCACCAUGGUGUAGAUUCUGUUCCAAAGUAGCACCUAGUUAUAAUGCUCUAGCUAGAGCCUUUCCAGAGUUAGAUGUUGUGGCAGUUGAUGCAGCUCAUUUUAGCAACUUGAAUGCCAGAUUUGGAACAGUUUCUGUACCAAAUAUACUUCUGUUUCAUCAAUCCAGAGCUGUUGUUAGAUUCAACCAAACAGAGAAAAAAUUUGAUAAUCUGGUUUCCUUUGUUAAAAAUCAUACAGGGAUGGAACCAGAAAUGUCUGUCAACGUUACAGAUGAUGACUAUACCAGACCACUACCAAGUGUACCUGCCGACGAAACAGAUUAUUUAUUGUGGAUUUCAUGGUUAUUUGUUGUAAUUUUUGUAUCUGUUGUAUUUGUAAGAUCUUCAUACGGACAGCUUUACAUUAACAAAGUUAAAAUAUUAUGGCAGGAGCAUCAGCACAUAGAGUGAAAUGUUGUACUGAAGUCAGUGAUUUGAGCCAAGUGAAGUGUUCAACCAGUCAGCAAUUACCUCUCAUCUAGUCUGGGGUAGACUGCAGAUCAAUUUGCUCUGCUACCAGUCUAUUACAACUGCAUUUGUUGAGAGAGACCUGGUUAAAUUUUGAUUGAUUCAUCAAUCUAAAAUAUGUUGUAAAAUGUACAAAGCCAUCAAGAAAAACAAACAAACAUGUGCUAUAAAUUUGUUUUUAUCAGUGUUAGUGAACAAAAGUUGUAUAAAAGUCUAUUAGAAAGAUCAGAUAGAAAAAAAAUCUUAAUGCAUUUUAUUUUUAUUUAUUUGUAAGUAUGUUGUUGUAUCAUUAAAUGGAAAAUCAUGUUUAAUAGAGUGGGGUGCUCAUUUUGCCAUAUCUUUCUAUGUUUUCUUCAGUUUAUGUUCAGGUCUAUAUGUUUUUAAAGUAUACUGAUAUUUCUAUAUAAAAAUAACUUAAAAUGCAAAAUAUUCUUAUGCUUGAAAAUAAUUAUCUGAAAAGUUUGAUUAAAGGGUGUUUGAAAUUGCCUGAUGUUUUGUCAAUGGGGGACACAUAUUCACCGUUUUUAUACAUCUAUUUAAACCCAAAUAACUGCAGCUUUAAACAAUAUUUUUCAAAUCAAUUUCAUUAUAGAUGAAGAGCAGACAUUUUUCAAAGGUGUACAGAGCUGAAAUUUAGGGCAAAAAGUCAAAUAAUUACCAAGAUAUACUUCUUUGAAAUCAUGUUUUUAAUUCAGGAAAUUGGCUGUUUUUUGGUCCUUUGCAAUAAUUGCCGCAAUUUCGUCAUAUUUUAAAAAAUAAUAAUUUUUGUUAUAAAAAUCUAAUUAACCAGCAUAUUUCUCUCAUUUCAGCUAUCCUUUGAAGUUUUACACCUCAAAAUCAUAAAACGGCAAAAAUGUGUCCCCAGCGAAUAUGGGCGCCCCACUCUUCUCCAUUUUUAUUUAUUUUUUUUAUGUGAAAAAAAUCAACUGCUUUCAAAAGUUUUCAAAGCAAUAAAAAUUAAAUGUUAUUGAAACAUUUGACAAACUUAAAGGUUACAGUUAAAUUUGCUUAUUCUUGCUAACUCUCCAUUGUCAUUGAAAACGUAUAUUUCUCCUAAGGGAGACAAUUUAAAUGAAUCUCUAAUUACAGGGUGAUUUACAGGAAUUGGUGUAUAGACUAUUGACCACCACAUUGACUGUUGUCAUAAUUAACCAUUAUUGGAUAACCUUAUAAGUGUUAGGCUUUCUGGCAUAACAUUAAUUUUAACCAUAUGAUAAAGAAUUAUCAUGUUAUACAUGUAUGAAACAAUGGAAAAUUCAUGAGAAUUAAAGAAAGUUUGUUUUUUAUA